AUGUUCUUUCGACUGGCAAGCGGCCUUGCCAAGCCGGCGGCGAAACCUGUUGCCGCUUUUCCCGGCAGGACUCUGGCUGGCCGGGUCCGAUUUGUUUCCCAGACCACUUCUGGGAGCACGGGCAGGAAACUUCCCUUCGCUGCUACCCGAGCUACCGAGCCUGUCAACUCGGUUCCGGCAACCUUCACCAUUCGUGACGGACCCGUCUUCAAUGGCAAGGCCUUUGGCGCAAAGUCCAACAUUUCCGGCGAAGCCGUCUUCACCACCUCCUUGGUUGGAUAUCCCGAAAGCAUGACGGAUCCCAGUUAUCGUGGCCAGAUCCUGGUCUUCACUCAGCCGCUCAUUGGAAACUAUGGCGUGCCUUCCAACCAGCGUGACCAGUACAAUCUCCUAAAGUACUUCGAGUCACCCCAUAUUCAGUGUGCCGGCGUGGUGGUUUCCGAUGUGGCCGUCAAGUACAGCCAUUGGACCGCUGUGGAAAGCCUGGGCGAGUGGUGCGCUCGCGAGGGCGUGCCAGCCAUCUCCGGGGUCGAUACUCGCGAGAUUGUCACCUACCUCCGCGAGCAGGGUUCGUCCCUUGCUAGGAUCUCCAUUGGUGAGGUGUACGACGCCGACGAAGACGAAAGCUUUCUUGAUCCCGGCCAGAUCAACCUUGUCAAGCGUGUGAGCACCAAGGCUCCUUUUGUUGUCGAGUCCCCGGGCGCCAAUCUCCACGUUGCCCUGAUUGACUGCGGCGUCAAGGAGAACAUCCUCCGCAGCUUGGUCAGCCGUGGUGCCUCGGUCACUGUCUUCCCCUACAACUAUCCCAUCCACAAGGUGGCUCAGUACUACGACGGCGUCUUCAUCUCCAACGGACCGGGUGAUCCAACCCACUGCCAGGAAACCGUCUACAACCUCGCUCGCUUGAUGGAGACUUCCUCCAUCCCCAUCAUGGGUAUUUGUCUCGGUCACCAGCUCCUGGCCUUAGCUGUAGGCGCUCGCACGAUCAAGCUCAAGUACGGUAACCGUGCGCACAACAUUCCCUCCCUGGACCUGACCACUGGCCAAUGCCACAUUACCAGCCAGAACCACGGGUACGCCAUUGAUGCGAGCACCUUGCCGAGCGACUUUAAGGAAUACUUUGUCAAUCUCAACGACGGUAGCAACGAGGGCAUGAUGCACAAGACUCGACCCAUCUUUUCCACCCAGUUCCACCCCGAGGCCAAGGGCGGGCCCAUGGACAGCGCCUAUCUCUUUGAGAAGUAUCUGGAUAAUGUUCGACUGGCCAAGCGCACCGCCACUGUUUACAAGGACAACACCCCAAGCCAGUUUAUUCUUGACAUUCUCAGCAAGGAGCGCGUCGGCGUUGAACCAGUGCCUCUGGCCGGCGCCAUGUAA